UCAGUGAAUGAUGAUGCGAUAACAGGAAGAGAAGCACUGGCCGAAUGGGACCAGCUGAUCGGAGAGCUGUGUCAUCACGUGAACACGAUCAGCGACAUGAUCGAAUUGAAGCAUCCGUUGUGGUGCGAAACGCUCAAGCAAAUUAGUAACUGUGCAUAA